UUGACUUGGGUGUUUUACAUAAUUUCACUAUGGAACUGAGUAGAAAAUUAAAUCAAGAGGAAGACUACUUUAGAGAUUCUAUUUUUGGUCUAAAUCAUUCUUUAACUUAUAAUGAAUCUCUAUUUAUGGAAGAUUCUCAAAAUUUUAUGUUUCCAACAAUCUCUCCAAACCAUGCUAAUCUCGACCAAGAAGCAAAGGAGACUAUAAAUAAUGAAUACAAAGAAAACCAGGUCGAUCAGGAAAUUUUAAACUUUUCUCAACUUGACCAAAAAUUGAGAAUGAAAAAUGAACCAAUAAAGCAAAACUCAACUUGUCUCUUUCUUGAGAGUAUUAACAAAGACCUUAAAAAUGCUCAAGAACAAAAUGACAAGCCACAAAAAGUUCUUUCCGAGAUAGACUCUGAUCCUUCGACUGAAUACCUUCCUCAUGAAAGACAGAGGAGAAAGCUGAAGAAAAGGCGAGAUGUCAUCUUCAAAUCAAUUCUCCGUGAAUGCAGAAGAUUCUUUCUUGCUCAAAUCAGUAAUAUGCCAGGAUUUGUAAUUUUUAAGAAUGAGAGAAAUGGUGCUUACCUGUACAAAAGCAUGAAAAAGUUCAACCAAGCGAUACUGAAGAGAGUUGGAACAUUUGAAGAUAGUUUCUAUCUUGCUGCAUUGUUGUAUCCUCAAGACUUGAAAAAGAAUUUUGAGGAAUUUGUGAAAGAAAGUAAAUGAGAAGACCAUGAAUUAACAAAGUCAUCAGGAAGGGAUACUAUCUUGAAGUCUAUUAUCGACAGAAUCCAUAACACUUUAUACAAAUACUCGAUAGAUAGACUUAAUUUCUUCACUUCAAAGCCUUCAAUAGCUUUCCUCUUCUGCUAUUAUUAUGCGCAUGGAGCUGGCUCUUCUAAAGAUGAUCCGAAACUUUCAAAGGAAUAUGAGCAAAUCAGGCAAAAAUGCAUGGACACUUUGAACAAAUAAGGCAUCUUUGCACAUCUUAAUUGUACAUAGCAUAAAUAUUGUCACAUUCAAGAUUGAUUAA